GCAGCAAUGAUUGAUAUUCGGAUGAGCACUAAGUCACGAACAAAAAGUCAAUUUCCACGUCAGACUGAAACAUAUUCCGGCCGAACGCCACCCACAUCUCCCUCGUUUCAAUUCCAUCUCUUAAUUCUCAGGUUGUCAAUUACCUUUACUUUUCAAUUUCCGAUAUGAAUUCUCCAUUUCCUGAUAGAGAUACCACUUACACUAAGCUUUUCGUCGGAGGUUUGGCAUGGGAAACUCAGAGCCACACCUUACGUCGUCACUUCCAGCACUACGGUGACAUCCUCGAGGCCGUCGUCAUCUAUGACAAGAACACCGGCCGUUCUAAAGGCUACGGUUUCGUCACUUUUCGUGAUCCUGACUCUGCCAGAAGGGCUUGUGCUGACCCUAAUCCUCUCAUCGAUGGUCGCAGGGCUAACUGUAAUCUUGCUUCCCUCGGCCGUGCUUCUGCUCCUCAGAGAUCACCGAUUCCGCCUUUUGGAACCACGAACUCCCCCAGGGCUGCUUAUCCCCAACCAGUUCCCUACGGUUACCAACCUGGGUUCUUCUAUCCUCCUUAUGGGUAUGUAAUUUCUUUCAUUCUUUUCAUGCUCAAUGCUUUUGAGUUAGAGCUUGCACUUUGCCUCUUUUCUUUCAUGGUUUCAGUGGGUGUCGCAUUUUCCAUUUGCCGUUUUAUAAAGAACUCUCUGAUUCCAUGUUAUUCACUUGACGUUUUCCAGGAAAUUCAAAAUUUUCUUUAUUGCAGGUAUGCAACUUAUGGGUCUGAAUAUGUCUAUCCACAGGGUGUGUACAAUCCUUAUGCGGGUCAGCAAUAUGUUCAGGUAUACGGCAUGCCAGGGACUGUUAAUCCUGGGGUAAGCUCACGGGGACAGUUUGGCCAACCAAUUCCUGGCACUCAUGGCUAUACCACUGCUCAAACUGCUCAAAAUUAUUUAGUGCCAGGUCAUCAAAUUGCGCAAUUUGGUGGACUUGCCAAUAAUAGAACAGCCACAGCUACCUUUCCCUCAAAUCAAGCACCACAUCCUUCAGGAAUGGGUAAUCCCGAUUCAGGACAGGCACAGAUAAUAGUGUCUACUAAUUCUCCUCAAUUCACUAGCGGCUCUGAUUAAACAGCCAGUUGAGUGAUUGACAGGUAUCCUUUAUUGCAGCAAGAUUAAGAAAAUUAAUACUGAUUGAUUUCAAAUUCCAGCCUUGGAAGUUGUUAUGUUUUCAUUGUAAAGGCAAUCCAUAAUCGUCGUCAUCAGAGAGAACACAAAGGAAUGUAGGCAGCCUGACAUCUGAAGUAAGGAACAUGCAGAAAGUUGAUCUUUGGCUAGUGUCUUUGAGAUUCUGCUCCUGCCACGACUUCCAGUCGCUGGUAGUGGCGGGGGGUAAAUUGAUGAUUAUGUACAUAUGUGAAUAUGUAAAUCUCACAACUUAAAAUCAAAACGUUAUUUUUUUAGUUGUCUGGAUCCAUGGUAUGGGUCCAUGGUUAAUGACUUCUGAGCAGCCUUAAGUGUAAAUAUAAAUCUGUCAUGUAUUUUCUGUAAAUAGCACUAAGAUAUUAACCAUGGAUGUUUGUACAUGAUUGAUUGCUCUUAUUUUAACAUCUUGAUUCUGUCAAAA